UCAGGGUAAUUUUUUUUGAAGCAGAAAAGCUCGUUUUCAAGCUUCGUUGUUUUGUUGUAGUUUGACUUGAAUCUGCUCGCAUGUUGUUGAGCUUUGGAGCUUCGGUGGUCCGUCAGUAGGGAUGUCGAUUUCAAAAUCGGCAAACACCUACAAUAGGCAGAACUGGGAAUCUGCGGACUUUCCAAUUCUCUGUCAGACAUGUCUCGGAGAUAACCCGUAUCUGCGUAUGCUAAAGGAGAAAUAUGGUCGUGAGUGCAAGAUCUGCCAGAGACCCUUCACAGUGUUCCGGUGGUGCCCCGGUCCUCGCAUGCGCUACAAGAAGACCGAGAUUUGCCAGACGUGUAGCAAGCUGAAGAACAUCUGCCAGACAUGCCUGUUCGAUCUUGAGUAUGGCUUGCCGACCCAAGUACGUGAUCAUGCACUGCAGCUGAAGGACGACAUGCCGAAAACCGAUGUCAACAAGGAGUACUUCACGCAGCAGGCCGAGAAGGAGCUCCAGGACAACACAACGCCGGCCGGAAAACUCGGCAAGAGCCAGGCCGCGUCCGACAUGCUCAUGAAACUCACGCGGACAACGCCGUACUACAAGCGAAACCGCCCGCACAUCUGCUCCUUCUGGGUCAAGGGAGAGUGUAAACGUGGUGAAGAGUGCCCUUACAGACAUGACAUGCCCAGCGAUCCUAACGACCCCCUAUCCAAACAGAACCUGAAGGAUCGCUACUACGGAAUAGACGACCCAGUAGCGGAGAAGCUUAUGCGACAGGCAGCCAGCAUGCCCAAGCUUACCCCACCGGAGGACCGUACAAUCACAACUCUCUACGUUGGUGGUCUAGGCGAUGUGGUGGGCGACGCGGACUUGCGCGGUCACUUCUAUCAGUUUGGCGAGAUCCGAGAUAUCCGCAUUGUUCAGAAGCAGAACUGUGCAUUCGUCACGUUCACCAUGCGCAAGAAUGCAGAAACGGCGGCGGAGAAGUCCUACAACAGUCUCAUCCUGAAGGGCCGCCGCCUGCGGAUAAUGUGGGGUCGGGGACAAGGCGGUGGUGAUGACUCUGGUCCCAUGCUCGGUGGCACUGGACCGAAGGUAUCACCAGUCCCAGGCCUGCCCGGUGUCUUGCCGCCACCUCCCGAGUUCCCGCCGCCACCACCGGAUUCCGGCGCCGGCUACCCACCGCCACCACCGUCCGGUCCCGGCGCUAUGCCGAUGCGUCCGCUGAUGCCGCCCGGUCCGCCGCCCGGUAUGCCACCGCCUCCGGGCAUGCCCCCGCCGCCGCGGGGCAUGCCGGGUAUGAUGCCCCCGCCGCCGGGCAUGCCCCCGGGCCCGCCGCCACCCGGUAUGCGCAUGCCGCCGCCACCACGCGCAAUGCACUACCCGUCGCAAGACCCUCACCGCAUGGGAGCACGGUGAGGUAUGGCUGCCACUUCCUGCGUUUGUACAUAGUAUGCAUGUCCUUGUCCAUUCACACACUCUGUAUUGUUUGUACAUGCAUUUCCGCUUUGAUCAUGAAAAAAAGUUUCCAUACUACCAACAUCAUUUCAUACCACUUCAGACUUGUCUAAAAUCCAGAAUAACUGUACAUGUACAUCUCAUUUUUGUCUGGAAUACUGUCUGUUUCCGUUGCGUUUGUUUUUAACAAUAUUAUUUGAUUUGCAUAGCUGGUACUAUGGAUAGCUGGUACAUCGACUGUGGAGAGUAAUGUUGAGCGAAAGAGCAUGCCUCUUGUGAACUGCUCUGUUUGUUCUGUGUAGACACAGCCAGGUUUCAGGGUCUUUCCUGGCCUGAUGUACCUCUGUGUACUGUUCAAGCAGAAAUAUAAUAUUCGUCUAGAAUUCAAUUUUGUUUUCUCCAUCUAUUCCACACGUGUUGUAGUCCAUAGACUAAAGUUUCAACUGGA